AUGACCACGCUUACCCUAAAGCAAAACAAAAUGGAAAAAAGAGCAAAUCCACUGAUAUGCCAUAGAAGAUUAGGUAUAUACAAGAAAAAAAUUUACAAACAUAACCACCAGCUGAUAUACGUUUCUUUAUCAGGGCUUAUUUACACAAAUUCCUACAAAGACAUCGUACAGCUAGAUAAUGACAUUCUUAAUGAGCUUAAAAUAUCAAAAACAGGGAAUAAUUCGUCGAUAAAUGAGGUGAAGAGGCUAUACAGGAGUGUAAAUGGCAUGAAUAGCGAUACAACGUAUUUUAACUAUGGCGAAAAAAAUUUCGAGUACUAUUGCGUUCCACCGUCCAUCAUAAAGGAGUACAACAACCUGGGGGUAUAUGAGUUGUACAAAGAACAGGCACAGUGUUUAAGAGAAAUUUUCUUGAAUGAAGAUUUUGAGCAUAACUUAAAAAAAAAAAAAAGCGAAAUAGAAAUUGAUGAAAAGGAAAUGGACAAUAUUGACAUUAUAUUAAAAUCUGGCUUCUUUUUCCCCUUUGAGAUUUUGAAAGAAAAGAGUGCACAGUGGGAAUAUUUGCGAAACACGGAAAUAAAUGAGUAUGAUGGCGAUAAAAAAUGGGAAAUAAUACCUACGAAUAAUGUUCAAGGUACUAGUAAGUUUUAUAAAAACUUUUUAUUUAACAUUCCAACAGGUAUGGGUAAAACGAUCAUAUAUGAUAUUAUUAUCAUUCGAUUGGUUUUAUACAAAAGAUAUAGAGCAGUUUUAAGUCUUCCAACCAUUUCGUUAAUUAAUGAAAAAAAUGAGUAUUAUGAAAAAUUGCUUGGUGAUAAUACUGUAUCGUUGAAUAUAAAAAAAUAUAAUAGCUUUGAUUUUACCGGUUAUUCAUAUAGCCUUUCCACAGAUAUUGCCAUAUGUACGUAUGAACAAGCAAAUAUUAUUAUUAAUAAUAUUAUUAAAAAUAAUUUAAAAUGCAAUUAUAUAUUUAUCAUUGAUGAAAUACAUUUUAUAAAUGACUUGACAAGAGGAAUUUUCAUUGAGUCUUUACUAACAAAAAUUAAAUACAUUCAAAAGAAUUGUGGACACAUAUUUAAUAUUCAGACUUACGGUUUCUCAGCAACGUUGUCAAAUAUUGACCUGCUAGGCGAAUGGUUAGAUGCCAAGGUAUACGUGAGCAAGGAGAAGUUGCAAAAGAUAAAAUACCUGUACAAGAUAGGAAAAACUAUUUAUAAAGAUCUACAGGAGAAGGAAAUUGAAAGGGUGCUGGAAAGUCCAUUCACUCUAGACCCAGAUCACUUAGGAUAUAUAUUAAGUGAAGAAUUAAUUUUCAAAAGGAAUGUAUUGAUAUUUUGCCCAACUAAAAAAAAGAGCGAACAGGUUGCAACUUUCAUAAGUACCAUUAUGCCCUGUUACUUGAAAAAAAAAAAAUUUAAAAUAAAUAAUAAAAUAAUUGAAAAAAGGAUACACUUAAUAAUUGAGUUAAAAAAAAUAGCAAGUAUAAAAAGUGUAGACAUAGAAAAAUUAAUACUUAAUGGUAUUUUUUAUCAUCAUUCUGAAUUAGGAAAGAAGGAAAAAGAAAUUAUUGAAAAAUCCUUUAAAGGAAAUAUACUCUUUUGUCUUUGUUGCACAACAACCUUAUCAGUGGGAGUCAAUUUGAAUGUACACACAAUUCUUAUUAGGAGCAUAAAACUGGGAAAUACUUUUUUAACAAAAGAACAAAUAUUUCAAAUAGCUGGUAGAUGUGGAAGAACAAGGAAAUUUGUUCAAAUGACAAAAGAAAAUAUAAAUAAGCAAAAUUAUGAAAGUAGAGACAACAGUAUCAACAGUAACUUGAACAAUUUUCUAGAAAGUGGAUGUAAAACUCAGCUUAAGGAAAACAUCUUUUUGGAUAAACCUGAACAUAUGCAAUAUUAUGACCUCGACUGUGAUGGAAAGGUUGUCUUUUUCUUGACAACAGAUGAUAAAAAUUAUUUGGAAAAAAUAUUGUAUCAUAAUGAAGGGGAACACAAGUUAAAAAGGAAAAUGCACAAUUUUCAGUUGUGCAGAUUUCUAGUAGAAUUCAUCGAGUUAAAUUUAAUUAAAACCAAAAGGGAUUUAUCUAAUUUUCUCACUUGUUACACUCUCAAGUUUUUUAAAAUCGGUGAAGCAGAGGAAGGGAGCUGCAGCAGGUGGAGCGACCUCGACAUGCAUAACAACUGUUACUCCCCAAAUCCACGCAAAUAUAAUUGCAAAUAUAAUUGUGUAGGCAAAAAAGGUGCUAUAGUGGAUGAAAUAAAAGAAGUCUUUCAAUUUAUGUUUGAAAAUAAAUUAAUUAUUAUACCAUUUGAGAAGGAAUGGAGCUACUACUGCUACUUGUUUGCACGUAUUUAUAAUGUAAAUUUGCUGAACGAGCAAAAUAUCUUCGAUUUUAAUUUUUUAAAUCGCUCCAUUAAUGUUGACAUAUUAAUGAAGAAUGAUUUACCACAGAAGAUGGACUUGUUCAAAAAAUUAUAUAUUCAUCAUCACAAUAAUAAACAUAACGAUAUGCAUAAUAGAAAAUAUAGCAAUAGUGAUAAUAAUUAUAAUUACACAUUUGAACUAAAAACUAGUACUACGACUGAGGAUAAACACUUUUUCUCCUUACCCUUUAUUACACUUUUACUACUUUUUAAAGAUACACAAUUUAAUAAAAAUUUAUUUCAAAACCUGUUUGUUCAGUUCAUAAAAUAUUUAUUUCUGGUUAAUAUAAAUAUUAAACAAUACGAUUUUUAUGUCUACGAUAUGUUAAAGGACGAUGAUGUUAUUUCAUGUACUCACAUAUCUCCUUACGUUCAUUCAGUUUGUAAUUCCUUAGCUUUCCUUUUUAAUUAUUCCUUAAUUCAAUACGUAUAUGUUAAAGGAUUUCCCAUGGACAUACUGCCUAUCAUUUUUGUAUUUUGCGUAAAUUCUGAAAUUUCGUUAAAAAUUAAUUACGCCAUGUAUGAAGAAAUAGUAACCUCAAACAGCAUCAGUGGGAAUAAUAUAAGGAAGAUAUUUCAUUUUUUCGACUUAAACAUUGAAAAAUUAAAAAAGUUUAAGUUAACAAAAAGUGACGACCUACACGUAGCAUCAAAGAAUAUUUUAAUUGGGGACAUAAAUAUAGACCAGAUAUGCGAAAGCUUUGAAUGGGAAAAAAUAAAACGGUUUUACUUUUCCCUGAUUGUUUAUGAUCUGUUCAGUGAAGACAUAUAUUCUGUGUCGAAGAAGUACAAAUUGAAGACAAAAGAGUUGAAAAACUUAUACGUGAAGAGUUGUUAUAAUCUUUCUUUCAACUACAAAAUCCUUCGAAAUUUUAAGGAUUCCCUGGACAUAUUUUGCGGUGUUUUAGAAAAGUUACUAUCCAAAAUGAAAUCCCGAAUUUUUCCUUUUAUUACUUAA